UUUUUCUUUUCCGGGUAAGGUCACGGCGUCUUGCCAUGGUGGGAUCGAUCAAUCUUAAGAUCUAAGAAUGGAGAGGAAGGUGGGCAUCAUAGGAGCGGGAAUCAGCGGCCUCCUAGCCUGCAAGUAUACCCUCUCCAAGGGCUACACCCCGGUCGUCUUUGAGUCCCGGAGCAGUAUCGGGGGAGUAUGGACCAAGACACUCGAGACUACCAAGCUACAAACACCCAAACCAAUCUUCCAAUUCUCUGACUUUCCAUGGCCGUCUUCAGUAAUUGAAGAUUUUCCUAGCCAUUCCCAAGUUCUUGAUUAUCUUCAGUCCUAUGCCCAUCAUUUUGGCUUGCUCCGCCACAUCAAAUUCAACUCUAAAGUCCUCAGCAUCGCCUAUGAAGGCCCACCGGAGGAGGAGAUGCAGGCAUGGGAGCUGUGGGGUGGCGCCGGUGAGCCCUUUGGCUCUAAAGGGAAGUGGAAUCUUACUGUAAACGACACACACAACCUCUCAACUGAGGUUUACCAAGUGGAUUUUCUUAUCCUCUGCAUCGGACGGUUCAGCGAUGUGCCCAACAUCCCAGAAUUUCCGGCCGGCAAAGGCCCAGAAAUGUUCCAUGGAAAGGUGAUACAUUCCAUGGAGUAUGCUGCCAUGGAUUUCGAGAGAGCAGCUGAAUUCAUCAAAGGGAAAAGAACAACUGUGGUUGGAUUUCAGAAACAUGCCCUGGACAUCGCUAUGGAGUGCUCAACAGCAAAUGGAGAGGAACAUCCAUGUAGAGUCUUGUACAAGACGGAGCACUGGACUGUCCCGGAUUUCCAACCAUGGGGGGUACAUCUAGCUCUUCUGUAUCUUAACCGCUUCUCGGAGCUUCUGAUUCAUAAGCCUGGUGAAGGGUUCCUCCUCAGCCUCCUGGCAACCAUUCUUUCACCUGUGAGAUGGGGGUUCUCCAAGUUUGUCGAAUCUUAUAUAAAGAGGAAACUGUCCCUUGAAAAGUUCGGGAUGGUACCAAAACACAGCUUUCUCAAUCAGAUCAGCUCUUGUUUGAUCUCAAUAGUGCCAGAGGGGUUCUAUGACAGAGUAGAAAAGGGAAGUAUCCUUUUGAAGAAAGCUCCCAAGUUUGGCUUCUGCAAAGAAGGAAUUGUGGUAGAUGGCGAGAGCACACCUCUAGAAACGGAUUUGGUCAUAUUGGCAACCGGGUUCAAAGGAGAUGAGAAGCUCAAAGACAUUUUUGUGUCUCCAACCUUCAGAGACUACAUUGUCGGCUCUCCAACUGCAUCUCUUCUACUCUAUAGGGAAUGCAUUCAUCCUAGAAUUCCACAGCUAGCGGUGAUUGGAUUCUCAGAGAGUGUUUCAAAUUUGUACACAUCGGAGAUGAGGUGCCGAUGGGUAGCAGAGCUUCUUGAUGACAAAUUCAAGCUGCCAAGCAUCAAGGAGAUGGAGAAGGAUGCAGAAAGAUGGGACAAAUACAUGAAGCGAUACUCCGGUGAAUACUACAGGAGAUCAUGCAUAGGUGCUGUUCAUAUAUGGUACAAUGAUCAACUCUGUAAGGACAUGGGAUGGAAUCCUAAGAGAAAGAAGGGAUUCAUUCCUGAACUGUUCGAGCCUUAUGGCCCAAUGGACUACUGCCCAUCCUAAAAUCAAACUCCAGCUUCUUAUUCUAAUCCUAUUCAGGAAAAAUAACACGAUUCCAAUUAUACAAAAAGAAAGAAAGAAUGGAAAGAGAUCCCAUUGAUGAUUUGUAGAAGAACCUUUGAAGAUCUCAAGUCAUCCGUGCCCAGAUUCAAAAAAGUGUUGGUAAGGCAAAAGAUGAUUUGUGGUUUUGCCACCUUUGUAUUUUCUUUUCUUUUCUUUUCUGGUCUUCUUCCCCUGUUUGAAUUGGUAAUCAACAUAUUAGAAUAUUAUUGAAGUGUGACAAUAAUGAAAUUUAUUUUAUUUUAUCAA